AUGGCGCUCAACCUGCCGCCGUUGGGCGGGAACAGCGGAGGAGCUCAUACGCAACCGUCACUGCCCUCGCUGCCCGCCCAUUCCCAAUCCGAUACGCAGUUGACGGCACACCUCGCCAGUCGCUUCCAUGUCUCGCUUCCGAUCUCGCGUCUCUCGUCGCACGCGCUCGUCGCCAUCAACACAUACACCACCUCGACCAAGGGAGAUGGCUCCCGAGACUCGUCUGCCAUGGCUGCCGCCGAGGACAUGGCAGAAAGGGCCUUCCUCCGGCUGGGUCACCGCACAGAAAACCAAGCAAUUCUUUUCCUGGGUGAAUCUGGCUCGGGGAAGACCACUGUGCGAUCCCAUCUCCUGACCGCGCUCCUUAACCGGUCCUCGACCCCCUUAUCCGCCAAGAUAUCCCUUGCCGCCUACGUCUUCGACACGCUCACCACCACCAAGACCGCCACAACACCGACGGCCUCCAAGGCUGGUCUCUUCUAUGAGCUCCAGUACGACACGGCGUCCACCACAAACCCGGUCCUGAUUGGCUCCAAGCUGCUGGAUCAUCGGUUAGAGAGGAGCAGGAUAACGGAUGUCCCCACGGGUGAACGGAAUUUCCACGUGCUGUACUACCUCUUGGCUGGUACGAGUGCUGCCGAGAAGUCCCACCUCGGCUUUGACGGGCCCGAGAAGAGGUGGAAGUAUCUGGGGCAUCCUACCCAACUCAAAGUAGGGAUCAAUGAUGCCGAGGGGUUCCAGCUGUUCAAGACGGCACUGCGGAAACUCGAGUUCCCGCGCAGUGAGAUUGCCGAGAUCUGCCAAAUUCUCGCCAGCAUCUUGCACAUCGGCCAGCUGGAGUUCGAGACGACCUCCAGCACAACCGCAACGGGAGACGACAGUGGCGGCUUUUCGCACGAGGGCGCCCAGACGGUAACGACGGUGAAGAACAAGGAUGUGCUCGGCAUCGUUGCUGCUUUCCUUGGGGUCGGCACCACGGAGCUCCAGACGACAUUGGGCUACAAGACAAAGAUGAUCCACAAGGAGAGGGUGACCGUCUUGCUCGACCCGGCCGGUGCUCGGGGGAACGCGAAGGAAUUGGCGAGGACGCUGUACUCUCUGCUCGUUGCCUACGUGAUUGAGAGCAUCAACCAGAAGCUGUGCGCUUCCGAGGAGUCCAUCGCAAACACCAUUUCCAUCGUAGACUUCCCCGGGUUCCAGCAAGUGUCGUCGACCGGUUCGACCCUCGACCAGCUUCUCAUCAACGCUGCCGCCGAGUCGCUGUACAACCUGACACUGCAGAACUUCUUCGAUCGCAAGGCAGACCUGCUCGAGACAGAGGAGGUGGCGGUGGCGCCUACCAGCUACUUCGACAACUCGGACGCGGUCAAGGGGUUGCUCAAGCCGGGCAACGGCCUCCUCAGCAUUCUGGACGAUCAGACGCGCCGCCACCGCACUGACAUGCAGCUGCUGGAGAGCCUGCGGAAACGCUUCGAAGGCAAGAACCCGGCCAUCGUGGUCGGCGCAGCCACGGCCAAGCUUCCCGGUAGCAACUUCUACACCGAGAACACGGCGGCCACCUUCACCGUCAAGCACUUUGCCGGCGAGGUGGAUUAUCCCAUCAAGGGCCUGGUCGAGGAGAACGGCGAGGUCAUCUCGGGCGACCUCAUGAACCUGAUCAACUCCAGCAAGAGCCCAUUCGUCGCCCGCCUGUUCGGUCAGGAGGUGCUGCAGACCGUCGUCCAUCCUCAGGAACGGACAACCGUCAUGCAGGCUUCCGUCAGCUCCAGGCCAAUGCGCGCGCCCAGCGUAAUGCACAAGCGCGGCCGGCCGGCGCUCAAUGCCCGUUCGCGGGCUGCUGAGCGCGACGUGUCGGUUGGCCAGGGCAGCGACUCGAGCGGGCACAAGCGGACAAAUAGCGCCCGCGCUGGCUCGGAGCAGGGCGCCUCAGGCCAGUUCCUCUCGGCCCUCGAGAACGUGACGCGGUCGAUCACGACGCCCGGCACGAAUUGCUACUUUGUUUUCUGCCUUAAGCCCAAUGAUCGGCGCAUCGCCAACCAGUUCGACAGCAAGUGCGUGCGUGCGCAGGUGCAGACGUUCGGUAUCGCCGAGAUCAGCCAGCGGCUACGGUCCACCGAUUUCAGCUUAUUCUUGCCCUUCGGCGAGUUCCUGGGCCUGGCCGACACCGAGACCGUGCUUGUGGGCAGCGAGCGCGAGAAGGUGGAGAUGGUCGUCGAGGAGAAGCGGUGGCCGAGCAACGAGGUUGCCAUCGGCGCAACAGGCGUCUUCCUGAGCGAGCGCUGCUGGAUGGAGAUCGCCCAGCUGGGCGAGGGAGCGUCCCAGUCGGGCCGGUACGGGCUCCCGUCCGACGCAGGCGAUUCCAACGCUGCCGACCCGUUUGGUGUGUCCAAGGAGCGCCUGCUCCUUGCCGGGACCCCGGGCGGCCUCGCGAACGAGAAGAAAGGAGGCUACUUUGGCGUCAAGGAGGUGGACGCACGAUCCGAAGCGGGUGUGUCGGCGUACGGGGGCGGCGAUUUGUUCAAGAACCUGGACACGCGCGAGCAGAUGGCCGAGCGCGGCAAUGAGAAGGACAUGGCCGAGGUCGACGAGUACAAGGACAGCCCGGCUCGCAAGCGCUGGGUCUGGGUGACCUAUGCGCUUACUUUCUUCAUCCCGGAUUUCCUCAUCCGGACCAUCGGCCGCAUGCCGCGCAAGGAUGUGCGGCAGGCCUGGCGUGAGAAGCUGGCCAUCAACGUCAUCAUCUGGUUCAGCUGUCUGCUGGCCAUCUUCUUCAUGGUCGUCUUCCCUAUGUUGAUCUGCCCGCACCAGUACGUCUACAGCCCGCAGGAGUUGUCGUCCUACAACGGAAAGGACGGCCGCGAAGCCUACGCCGCCAUUCGCGGCCAGAUUUUCGACAUCGGCGCCUUCUCGACCCGGCACUACCCCAAUUAUCUGCCGAAAAAGUAUAUCACCCAGUACGGCGGCUUGGACAUCACCUCGCUCUUCCCCGUGCAGGUGUCGGCGCUCUGCCAAGGCCAGUACGGCGAAGUUGCGCCGUCCGUCCUGCUCGACUACAAGUCUACCAACUUGACCGGGUCGGCAAAUGUCAUCAGCAGACAAGAUCUCAACGCCAGGUACCACGACUUCCGGUACUUCACCAACGACAGCCGGCCGGACUGGUUCUCGCAGCAGAUGAAGAUGUUGCGGGCCAACUACAAGGUCGGCAACGUGGGCUACUCUGUCGAAUACGUCAAGUCGCUCAGCACGAAGGAGCAGGUCAUUGCCAUCCUCAACGGCCGUGUAUACGACAUGACAACGUACAUCGUUGGGGGCCGGAGGCAGCAGGUCCCGCCAGGGGCGGCGCCGCCGACGGAUCCCAAGGCGGGCGACUUCAUGCACCCGCUCGUGGUCGAGCUUUUCCAGCAGCGCAACGGCGAUGAUAUUACGACGCUCUGGCAGUCGCUGGGCAUCGAUGCCGAGAUGAAAAAGCGGAUGCAGCUAUGUCUCGACAACCUCUUCUACGUCGCCGACGUGGACACGCGUGCAUCCGCCAAGUGCAUGUUCGCCGAGUAUCUGGUCUUGGCCGUUUCCAUCCUCCUUGCCGCCGUCAUUGCCUUCAAGUUCUUCGCCGCUCUACAGUUCAGCACCAAGAACAUGCCCGAGAAUCUGGACAAGUUCGUCAUCUGUCAAGUGCCGGCGUAUACCGAAGACGAGGAGUCGCUGCGCCGCGCCAUCGACUCAUGCGCACGCAUGCGCUACGAUGACAAGCGCAAGCUCUUGGUCAUCGUCUGCGACGGCAUGAUUAUCGGUCAGGGCAACGAUCGGCCCACGCCCCGUAUCGUGCUCGACAUCCUGGGCGUUUCCGAGACGAUCGAUCCGGAACCCCUGAGCUUCGAGUCGCUGGGCGAGGGUCAGAAGCAACACAACAUGGGCAAGGUGUACUCGGGCCUGUAUGAGGUCCAGGGCCAUAUCGUGCCCUUCCUCGUCAUCGUCAAGGUCGGCAAGCCGUCGGAGGUGUCGCGGCCCGGCAACCGUGGCAAGCGUGACUCGCAGAUGAUCCUUAUGCGCUUCCUCAACCGCGUGCAUUACAACCUGCCCAUGAGCCCGCUGGAGCUCGAGAUGUACCACCAGAUCCGCAACGUCAUUGGCGUCAACCCGACCUUCUAUGAGUACCUGUUUCAGGUCGACGCAGACACCGUUGUGGCCCCCGACUCGGCCACGCGCAUGGUUUCGGCCUUCCUCGACGAUACUCGCCUGAUUGCCGUGUGCGGUGAGACGGCGCUGACCAACGCCAAGUCGUCGUUCAUCACCAUGAUCCAAGUGUACGAGUACUACAUCUCGCACAACCUGUCCAAGGCCUUUGAAUCGCUCUUUGGCUCCGUGACCUGCUUGCCCGGCUGUUUCUCCAUGUACCGCAUCCGCGCCGCCGAGACUGGCAAGCCGCUGUUCGUCAGCCGCGAAGUUGUCGAGGCCUACUCGACCAUCCGCGUCGAUACGCUGCACAUGAAGAACUUGCUGCACCUGGGUGAAGACCGUUACCUCACGACGCUGCUGCUCAAGUUCCACAACAAGUACAAGACCAAGUACAUCUUCGACGCGCACGCCUGGACGGUCGCUCCGGACUCGUGGACCGUGUUCCUCUCGCAACGCCGCCGCUGGAUUAACUCGACCGUGCACAACCUGAUGGAGCUGAUGCCCAUGAACCAGCUGUGCGGCUUCUGCUGCUUCAGCAUGCGCUUCAUCGUCUUCAUCGACCUGCUCUCGACCAUCGUCCAGCCCGUCACCAUCGCAUACAUCGUGUACCUGGUCGUCAUGGUGGUCGAGAAGCCCGACACCAUCCCCAUCACGGCCUUCAUCCUCCUGGGCGCCAUCUACGGUCUGCAGGCCAUCAUCUUCAUCCUGCGCCGCAAGUGGGAGAUGAUCGGCUGGAUGAUCCUGUACGUGCUCGCCAUCCCCGUCUUCAGCUUCGGCCUACCGCUCUACGCCUUCUGGCACAUGGACGACUUCAACUGGGGCAACACGCGUGUCGUGGCCGGCGAGAAGGGCAAGAAGAUCGUCAUCUCGGACGAGGGCAAGUUCGACCCGGCCAGCAUCCCGCGCAAGAAGUGGGAGGAGUACCAGGCCGAGCUGUGGGAGGCCCAGACACAAGCGGGCGGCCUGCACGACGACGCCCGCUCCGAGGUCUCGGGCUACUCGUACGCCACCCGCCCGGGUGUGCCGCACUCCGAGUACGGCGGCUACGGGCCGAGCCGCCCGGGCUCCACGGUCGGGUACCCGGCCAUGCCGACGGCGCCGAGCCGCAUGUCGCUCGCCGCGUCCGAGAUGCUCAUGCAACCCGGCGUCAAUAACAACAGGAUGAGCCAGUUCGGCGGGUCGCAGUUCCUGGGCCCGUCGGCGUCGCAGCCCGAGCUGGAGCUGAACAACCUCGCGGGCCUGCCCAGCGACGACGCGCUGCUGGCCGAGAUCCGCGAGAUCCUGCGCACGGCGGACCUCAUGACGGUCACUAAGAAGGGCGUCAAGCAGGAGCUAGAACGCCGGUUCGGCGUGCCGCUUGACUCGAAGAGAGCUUAUAUUAAUAGCGCGACGGAAGCGGUUCUCUCUGGACAAUUGUAG